UUUCUUUCCACCACUAUUCUCCCAGCAAAACCCUCAAAAUGGCGUUGUUGGUCGACAAACACCGACCCCGAAACCUUGAGUCUCUCAGCUAUCAUCCCGACCUCUCACAACGUCUAAAAGCUCUUGCGCGAAGCGGCGACUUCCCACAUCUACUCGUAUACGGCCCUUCCGGUGCGGGCAAGAAAACACGCAUUGUCGCCACUCUUAAAGAAUUGUACGGCCCCGGAGUCGAAAAGAUAAAAAUCGACGCCCGCGUCUUCCAAACCACAUCGAACCGGAAACUCGAAUUCAAUAUUGUGGCCUCGGUGUACCACCUCGAAAUCACACCAUCUGAUGUUGGAAACUUCGAUAGAGUUGUGGUCCAAGACCUGCUUAAAGAAGUCGCGCAGACACAGCAGGUGGAUCUUGGCGCAAAGCAAAGGUUCAAGGUUGUUGUCAUUAAUGAGGCGGAUCAUUUGACGAGGGAUGCGCAGGCUGCGCUGAGGAGGACUAUGGAGAAGUAUAGUCCGAAUUUAAGACUGAUACUGUUGGCGAAUUCGACGAGUAAUAUCAUUGCGCCGAUUCGGAGUAGAUGCUUGCUUGUGAGGGUUGCCGCGCCGACUGAGAGCGAGAUAUGUACGGUGCUGAGGAAAGUGGGACUGAAAGAGGGGUGGAAGGAGGUGGAUGGGCUGAAUAAAAGGAUUGCGAAGGAUAGUGGGAGGAAUUUGAGGCGUGCGUUGUUGAUGUAUGAGGCGGUGCAUGCACAGAACGAGAAUAUCACAGAGAACACCCACAUCCCUCCCCCCGACUGGGAAGCCCUCAUCGCCCAGAUAGCUGACCAAAUCAUUCAAGAACGCAGUCCAGCACGCCUCCUCCAGAUCCGAGCUCAGCUCUAUGACCUCCUCUCCCAUUGCAUCGACCCAACAACUAUCCUGAAGACUUUGACCUGGAAGCUGAUUCCAAAAACAGAGGACGAGCUCAAACCGGAAGUCAUCAAGUGGGCGGCGUUUUACGAACAUAGGUGCAAGACUGGAAGUAAGGCCAUUUUCCACCUCGAGGCUUUUGUUGCCAAGUAUAUGCGGAUAUAUGAGAGUUAUUUAAUGGGCAUGGACUUUGAGUGAGCGUUAUGAUUAUCCUUGUCGUAGUGGCCGAGUUCGAGAUGGUUGGUUAAGGCUUCUAGUCCAUUGGGGACUAAAGGAUGAUGUUCCGUUGCUCAAAGACAUGAUACCGAAGGGAGUAUGAACACUCACCUAUACAGGGGGUGACGCUCAUGAUCCCUCCUUUCAAAUCAUACCAUUCAACAGCAAUCGUUUGUUGAGCAGGCCCGCAUACUGGC